CUACACAUUUCCAUCUUAGUUUGCAUUUAUCACUCUCUCGCUCUUUUCUUCUAAACCUUUUUACAAAUCUGAAGCAAUUCUUCUAAACCUAAGAGCUGCUUGGUUUUUCGAUUAAUCUAUAUCUUGCUUACUAUUCCCUCUCUUUAAUCACAGAGGCAUUCUCAUUAUUUAGCCAAUUUAUUGUCCAAGAGCUUCAUUUCUAGGCCACUCAAACCACCAAAACGAAAAGAGAUUAUAUUAGUUUGCGUUUGUGUUCAACAAUGGAGUAUGAAAAGAAACGAAACCAAGACAAUAAAAAACCAAAUUCUAUUAUACCUAAGUACGUGAAGUUUGGUUAUCACUACUUAAUCUCUAAUGCCAUGUAUCUCCUCCUUGUGCCACUGAGUAUCACAGCUUUGACUCAUCUUUCUAAGGAUGAUUUCGUCCAUUUCUCCAACCACGUUAUGCACAAUCUUGUAGUUGUGACUUUAUGCAUCAUGAUUAUAGUUAUCCUAGCAACCCUUCACUUCAUGAGUCGUCCAAGAAAAGUUUAUUUAGUAAAUUUUUCUUGUUACAAGCCCGACCAUACUCUAAUGUGCAGCAAUGAAACUUUCAUGAAAGCGACUAAGCUAACUGGGAGUUUCACAGAGGAAAGUUUAGCGUUUCAAAAGAAGAUCUUGGAAAGGUCGGGGUAUGGUCAAAAAACAUAUACCGCCAAAACAUUUUUGGAGGUUCCAAUCAACAUGAGUUUCAAUGAAGCGAGGAAGGAGGCAGAGUUGGUGAUGUUUGGAGUGAUUGAUGAGUUAUUGGCGAAAACUGGAGUCAAGACUAAGGAUAUAAGGAUUCUUGUUGUGAAUUGCAGUUUGUUCAAUCCAGCGCCAUCACUGUCAGCCAUGGUUGUUAACAGGUACAAGCUUAGAGGGAACAUUUUGAGCUAUAAUCUUAGUGGAAUGGGCUGCAGUGCUGGACUUAUUUCCAUAGAUCUUGCCAAACGCUUGCUACAGAUACGACCUAAUUCCUAUGCUCUAGUGGUGAGCAUGGAAAGCUUGACUCUGGCCGGGUAUGUUGGCAAUACUCGCUCAAUGCUCAUCCCAAAUUGUCUCUUCCGCAUGGGUGCAGCAGCAAUUCUUUUAACAAACCGAUCAUCCGAUCGCCAUUGUUCAAAGUAUCAAUUAGUUCAUGCUUUACGUACCCACAAAGGUGCUGAUGAUAGAGGUUACAAUUGCGUCUUUCAAAAAGAAGACAUAAAUAAUCGACUUGGCGUUGCACUCACCAAAGACCUAUUACCAGUAGCUGGAGAAGGUCUUACAAACAACUUAACAACAUUAGGGCCAUUAGUCCUGCCCUUUUCUGAACAAAUCCUAUUUUUGGUGAAUUUCAUUGGGAGAAAGAUUUUUAAAAUGAAGAUAAAACAAUAUGUUCCAGACUUUAAGUUGGCAUUUGAGCACUUUUGUAUACACGCAGGAGGGAGGGCAGUGUUGGAUGAGUUAGAGAAGAGUCUUGAACUUAGUGAGUGGCAUAUGGAACCCUCAAGGAUGACUCUUUAUAGGUUUGGAAACACUUCUAGCAGUUCCAUAUGGUAUGAAUUGGCUUAUACUGAGGCCAAGGGGAGAAUCAAGAAAGGCGAUCGAGCAUGGCAAAUUGCAUUUGGGUCAGGGUUCAAGUGUAACAGUGUUGUGUGGCAAGCAUUGCGAACUAUUAAUUCAGUAGAUGAGAAGCAUAAUCCUUGGAUAGAUGAGAUUGAUAGCUUCCCUGUUCAUGUGCCUAACGUGGCACCAAUUGAUUGUUAGAUUGCAUCCUUAAUUUAGUUAAUUAUAGGAAGAACAUUAUGCAUUCAUGUAUGUUAUUAAUUUCUUUUAAGUCUAGAGACAACUUUUUCUGCAAUUUAUUUCACAACUUGUUGAGACGUUAAGUUGUAAAUAGUGCAAUAUCAAUUUUAGUUGGACAUAUCUAAAUAAAUAAGAGAUUGGUAU